AAACAGGCAGACUGUCAACACUGUCAAUCUGUCAUCAUGAAAGGUUUCCUGAAAGUGUUAAAGAAAUAUAGCGUCGUCGUCAUAUUUCCCACAUUCACGGCGUCAACAAUUUACGCCGACUGGUCGCAUACAAAACAGUGGAAAGCGUCCAAGAUUCAACCACAAACAAACGUCCAUUUAUCGUCCAGUCGGCCGUUUAUCGUCGUAAGCAAUGGCUUCGAAUAAAGUUCCGAAAGAAGCAGAGACGUCGCGGUCGUGGGUCGCGAAUAUGAUAAAAAACUAUGAGAAUCUUCCCUGCAUAAGGUUCCCACCAUUGAACUUAUGUACCAAUGCUACAUUGCGUAUACUUGUGUGUGAGGCUGACAAUUUUCCUAAUGCAAGGGAUGAAAUCCUUUUGUUCGCCAUUAGACUGGGGGAUGAGUUUAAACUUGACAGAUAUCUGAGAGCUAAGGCUCGCGUGAAUCUCGCUUCAUCACCGGGAAUGACCAAAAAUUUGCGAAGGAUGUACCUCCGUGAGGCGGUUGCGGUUUGCGAUCAUCAAUAUUUUGAAGAUAAGCUCCGUCAAUUUGAAGGAGCUGAUAGAGGAGUAGCAGAACGCCAGAUUAGUGGAGCCUCUAUGCCGAAAGAAUCGGAGGCCCUGAAAACUACAUUGAAAUAUUAUCCUUGCUUUGCAGGCGUGUUAGCUGGUGCCGCGCCGCCUGAACCAAUUGAGAAUUUGUGUGAUGCAAAAGAUAACAUCGUUUACAUCGUCUACAUCGUUUACGAAGGAAACAAUUUUUUGUUACUUUUUAUUUUUAAGUUAGACAUUUAAGACAAUAGGUUUGUUCCAUCGUUCGGUAAAAACGAUUUUUGGAAAGCUGAAAACGAACGAGAUCAUAACCUAAGCAUGUGGGACAAUUAGUUUUUAGAAUUUUCUAAUUCCGGUAACAAUCAACUUUCUGUGAAAUCGAUACUAAUGAGAAACACAUCGUAUCGAUUUCGCAGAAAGUUGAUUGUUCAAUUAACUCAUUCCGAAUAGUUAUUUAUGCUGUACGCUGAGAAGAUGUGAAGUGACAAAAACAACCCCAUUUCUCAACGUGUUGCAUGCAACGUUUUCUGCAACCAUCUGCGAAAAUUGAUCUUUUGCAAAACAUUCACCACGUAUGGUCGAAAAAUUGUAUGAACGAUCAAGUAGACUGAAUUUAUGUAUACGCUUCAAAAAUUGGUUCACUGCUAUUAUAUCGUCGGCAACAUGACUAAAGGGCGUAUCUCCGAUAUCGCAGGAACUACUGAACCAAUUUUGAAAUAGUAUAUUACAUUGGGUGCGCAGGAAAGUAUGCAUAUCAUGAGGGACCAAUUUUGUGAUACGAGCCAAACUCACGAGUGUGUGUUUGAGCGCCAAGGUUUGAAAACUGUUAUUUUGACAAGGGUAGAGUUUGCAUAUCCGAGCCGAAGCACGGUGGGGCUGAACCGCUGAACAACUUUAUUUUGCGAGGGUCGUGAACAUGGGAUAUUUUUACUGAAAACGAUUGAGGGAUAUGCUACGAGUAAUUAUCAAGCGAAAUUGAAAUCCUUUUGCAGGGAUAGCAUA